GCUUGAUUAUGAGGGUGGGUAAAAGAAAGGCUUAACGUACUGCGUUCUAUUCACCAGUGCUGGAAGUUAUAGUUAUAUAUUUAUAUUAUUUGUAACACACUGUUUGUUAUUAAAACUUUUAAUGGCAAGUCGAGGGGGAGUUCAAAGACCAAAUGGAGCAUCACAAGGAAAGAUUUGCCAGUUUAAGUUAGUUUUACUUGGCGAGUCAGCUGUAGGAAAGUCCAGCUUAGUCCUGAGGUUCGUUAAAGGACAGUUUCACGAGUAUCAAGAGAGUACAAUUGGAGCUGCUUUUUUGACACAGACAAUGUGUGUAGAUGACACAACAGUUAAGUUUGAGAUUUGGGAUACAGCAGGACAGGAACGGUAUCACAGCCUGGCCCCCAUGUACUACAGAGGGGCACAAGCAGCGGUUGUUGUUUAUGACAUCGUGAAUCAAGAUACUUUCAGUAGAGCGAAAACUUGGGUUAAAGAACUACAACGCCAAGCCAGUCCAAAUAUUGUCAUUGCAUUAGCAGGAAAUAAAGCAGACUUGGCUACUAAACGAGCAGUGGAAUAUGAGGAGGCUCAAGCAUAUGCUGAAGAAAAUGGACUUCUUUUUAUGGAGACAUCUGCAAAAACGGCAGUGAAUGUAAAUGAUGUUUUUCUGGCUAUUGCUAAGAAACUACCUAAAAAUGAACAUUCGGUCACUGGUGGAGUGGGUUCAGGGCAAGGAAGGCAGGGAAUUGAAUUGAGGGAAAAUCAACAACAGUUCAACAGUGGAUGUUGCAAAUGAUGAGAGGAGCUGUAUCACUUGGGACCCAAAAAAUUUUGACAGAUGUAAUCUAUGUUGGAAUAAUGUGUAGAUACAGGUUCCAUCUUGGAAAAUAUGAGGUUCUCAAAAAUCGAACUGCAGCACAUUAUUUCUUUGCAUACAAAUCAACAAAAAUGGAUUAUCACAAAGAAUUCUAAUGUGAAAUUCUGUCCAUUCAUCCUUAGCUAUAAAGAUAUAAGAAUUAAAAUUGUUAGCCUCAGUGAAUUAUGACAAUUAGAACAAAAAAAAAAUGUAAGCAAGAAUUUAUUUAAAAAAAAAGGUUCCUUGGAAUUUCUUUUGUAACAGAUUGUUUGAUUGAAUUUAGUAUAUUGUUUCAUUACUGGAUAUUGAAACUCUUUAUUGGACUUUUCAUAAACUAAAUAAAUAUUAAAAAAAAGGAAGCAAAAAGUGAUUGGUUAUUUGUAAGCAUCUGUUAUUUGUUAGUUUGCUGUAUAUAUAUAAUAAGCUAUUCAAGUAUAAAUACCUGUCAUAUGCUAAGUUUUGGUAUUUAUUAGUUAGCUUACCUCGAUGAAUGUAGUAAUAAAAUUGCAAACAUUUUGUGCAGACGUCAAAAAUACAAAGUUGGCCCAGUGUUUUGAAUCAUUACAUGUUAGGCUUCUGUGUCAAUUUUUUUUUGUAUUAUAUUUAAAACAGUGCAUUUGGAUUUUCUAAUAUAAAAAAAAAAAGUGCUGAACACAUUUUUUGUUGAUUAGCCUAAUCAACCACUCCUGAUGUAUUGUAUCCUCAGAUGUACCACAGAAUUCUUUCACUUGCUGUAGACAAUUGUUUGUUCAACAUAAUUUGAGUUUGCCAAUCAUAAUGAUUAAUACAUGGUACACUAUUAAACUGUUAUUAAAAUAUUAGAAUUGUGUAUAUUAGUGUAAAUUAAUGGUUGUAAUGAACUUUUCUUUAGGUGUAGAUGUGUUAACACGACACACUUAUCAUUCCAAACAUCUCAAAGUUUGAAUAAAUCAUUUUCCGUGACCCAUCUUCAAUUAUCUCGUGUAUCUACUUUUCUCUAAGUUCUAGUUAUGCUUAAGCCUGUCUUCAUCAGAGCCACUUUUUUUGUCAGUUUGUACGUAAAAGAACCACCAACCUCUAUUCGUUAUUUCCAGAUACUCGAUCAGUGUAUCGUCUGUAGUUAAAAUGUAAAUAGUAUUCUGCAUGCAUUGUUAUACCAUUUCCGUGAAUGCAGUCCAGCUUAUACCUUUUGUAUAGAAUACUACAUAAUAGGAUUUUGUUGAUGACUUCUGUAAAACUAUGUAACCAGAAAAUUUUCGUUUAUUAUCAUAGUAGAACCAGUGUUUAUGCAUCAUUUUAGAACAUACAAAGUAUUCAUUGUUCUGUGUUGUCAUGUGUUUAGUUUUGCAGUUGUAGUUGGUUUGGACUAAAUUGAUAUAUAUAUAUAUAUUGGUAUUUCAAAUAUAUUAAUGAAUCAGAAUUUGUCUAACAAAAAUGUGUUUUGAAAAAUAAAACUUCAAUGCUAAAAACAUCAGGUGACAAGUUUUGAACACAAGUAUUUGGAGAACACUGCAACCACUGUUUCUGGUUGCAUGAUGUAUUAAGCAAACCAAGAGAAACUGUGUAAAAAUCAUUUCCUUUUCUGUUUUAUUUUGACAGUUGCAACAUUAACGAUAAAAAGUUUAUAUUAUUCUAAAAAUAUGCUUAAAAAAUCAACAGAAAACAAGCUUAAAAACAUGCUUUUUUGUAAAGCUAAGUUGAGUGUGGUUAUUUUAAACUAUUUUUGUAUUAUAAAAUGAUUAUCUCAUCCUUAUUUACUUGUUCUGAGUGGAUCUCAUCAAUGUACCUAUUGUCUUUGUCGAUUAUGACACAAGUUAGUUGUGGCUUACAGCAGAAAGGAAGUUAUAGAAAUAUAUUAUAUGGGAAUGGUUUAGUGGUGGCUUACAGAAGUAAGAAGGUAUAGAAAUGAAUUAGUUGCAGCUGUAAUAGUUUCUGAAAUAAUUUUAUAGAUAUUUUACUAGACGUUUCACUGUGUUGUAUUACCUUUCUUAACUUUGAAACAUCGUUUAAUAUAAACAAUUAAGAUACAUAAGCUGACAUACUGGGUCCUCUAAUGUUCAACACAAGAUACAUAAACUGACAUACUGGGUCCUCUGAUGCUUAACACAAGAUACAUAAGCUGACAUACUGGGUUCUCUGAUGUUCAACAAGAUACAUAAACUGACAUACUAGGUCCUCUAAUGCUCAACACAAGAUACAUAAACUGACAUACUGGUUCCUCUAAUGUUCAACAUAAGAUACAUAAACUGACAUACUGGGUCCUCUGAUGCUCAACACAAGAUACAUAGUCUGACAUACUGGGUCCUUUAAUGUUCAACACAAGAUACAUAAACUGACAUACUGGGUCCUUUAAUGUUCAACACAAGAUACAUAGUCUGACAUACUGGGUCCUCUGAUGUUCAACACAAGAUACAUAAACUGACAUACCGGGUCCUCUGAUGUUUAACACAAGAUACAUAAACUGACAUACUGGGUCCUUUAAUGUUCAACACAAGAUACAUAGUCUGACAUACUGGGUCCUCUGAUGUUCAACACAAGAUACAUAAACUGACAUACUGGGUCUCUGAUGUUUAACACAAGAUACAUAAACUGACAUACUGGGUCCUUUAAUGUUCAACACAAGAUACAUAGUCUGACAUACUGGGUCCUCUGAUGUUU